UCUCGGGAUGAGGCAAUUCUUGGACUUGAAUCACUAUAUAUGCUGUUAGAUCCCAACAAGGGGCACAGUUCACAGCUUCUUGCAUCCCUGUACACAUUACAACAAUGUUUUUCAAGGUCGCGGUAUUUUCAUGCCUCUUGGCUCUGGCUUAUGGAAGUGUGCCAGUUGCAUACACAGCCCCAGUUGUUGCUGCCAAGCUUGAAGAAUUUGACUCCUUCCCCCAAUAUCGAUUCGGAUACAACGUAGCUGACUCUCUUACUGGUGACUACAAGAGCCAACAGGAACAACGGGAUGGAGACCUAGUCCAAGGCUCAUACUCGGUGGUUGAGCCUGAUGGCACUCGUCGCGUAGUAGAAUACGCUGCUGACUCAGUAAACGGCUUCAACGCAGUUGUUCGCAAGGAACCUUUAGUUGCUGCGGCCCCUGCCGUUGUAGCUGAGCCUAUCCCUGCCCGCAUCGCUGCUGCUCCUGUGGCUGUUGCCGAACCUAUCGUUUCCGCCAAGAUAGCCGCUCCUGUUCAACCAGUUUUCGCCCGCUACGCUUACGCUCCAGCUGAAUACUACAGCAACGCUGCCGUUGCAGCAGCAAGAUACGCCGCUCAACCAGCCCCAGUAGUAGCCAGAUAUGCUGCUGCCCCUGUAGCCGCUGCUCCAGUAGUUGCCAGAUACGCUGCUGCACCCGUGGCUGCUGCUCCAAUUGCACCUGUAGUUGCUCGAUACGCUGCUGCUCCAGUAGCCACUCCUGUAUUGGCAAAAUACACGGCACCAGCUGCUUAUACCGCCUCUGUAACUUCUGCGUACACAGCUCCUGUGGCAGCCGCGCAAGUGUUCUCAGCUCGUUAUGCCGCACCUCUAGCUGCCUACAGUCUGCCAGCGUACACACAAUACGCUGUACCCGCAGCGUACACACCGGCGGCGCCCGCUCGCCUCACUGCGUCCGCCCCAGUGGCAGCCGUAGCGCCCGCGCCCGCUAAGAUUGUUGAAAACGUCGCCGCUGGCUACAGAUACCCUUCCAUGAACACCAAGAUUGUAGUAUUCAUCUGCGCGAUAGGCAUUGCCUCCGCUAGCGUUGGACAUGUACCAGUAGCAGCCCGAGUUGACCCAUUACCUCAAUACUCAUUCGGCUAUGACGUGCAGGACGCCCUGACUGGGGACUACAAAGGACAUCAGGAACACAGGAAUGGCGACCUUGUUACCGGAUCUUACUCAGUGGUAGACCCCGAUGGCACCAGGAGGAUAGUUGACUAUGCCGCAGAUUCCCUCAACGGUUUUAACGCUGUUGUCCGCCGUGAGCCUUUAGUUGCUGCGAAGUUCAUAGCCCCCGCGCCUGUAGCACCGGUGGCACCGGCACCAGUGUUUGCUCCGGCACCAGCACCAUUUGUCGCCAGAGCCCCCGUGGCAGCUCCACUGUUUGCCCCCGCGCCAGCUCCCUACGUAGCCCGUGCACCCGCACCUUACGUAGGCCCCGCUUCAUACGUAGCUCCUGCCCCCGUCGUAGCUCCCGCACCAGUGUACCCAGCACCCAUCGCUAGGGCGCCCCUCUAUGCCCCUGCACCCGCCCCGUUAUAUGCUCCCAGGCUAACUAGCCCCUACUACUGGUAGAUGAAUUAUUACAAUUUUUUUGUUGACUGCUUGUAAAUAGCUGUUAUUAUUAAGAUUUUUA